AUGAGUAAUUACGCCAAAGUUGUGGACGGUGUCGAAGUCACAAAUACUGACGUUCCGCCUCCCCGAGACUGGACCAAUGUGUAUGAUGAAAUUGGCGGCGACAUGCGCUGGAACGAAGAUUUCGCCGAGAUGCUCAAACAUCGGGGACUCGAUGGCGACUUCAAGCCCCUCUACGGCACAUGUUCCUAUACUGGCGAGGCCCUCUUCUUGGUUGAGAUCGGCGGUAAGGACUUCCUUAUCUGGAAUGCCCUUGAUGAUUCGAUGUACCGUGUGAAUGGGAACUUGACUCUCGAAACGAUUGUGGCCGGUCUUGAUGAGGAGGGUCUAAAUGCAUUUGAGCUUGAAGAACUCUGA